UCGUUUGGUUAUUACAAAAUUCCAUACAUCCACUGCGUUAGAUUUUGGAAAGCUUAUUCCAAAACCUCGUGUGCUGUAUUCGAAUCCCAGAAAUUGCAUUUUCUUUUGUCUCAUUUUUGAAAUCUACCAAUACUAUAAAACAAUGGUGGCUGAAGAAGAAGUAACAAUCAGUGAAGCAGAAGCAGCACUAUACGACCGGCAGAUUAGACUUUGGGGAUUGGAAGCACAAAAACGUCUAAGGGCAGCCAGAGUUCUACUGAUAGGGCUAGGAGGCUUGGGUGCCGAAAUUGCCAAAAACUUGACUUUGUCUGGUAUUAAAUCUCUGACUCUGCUUGAUCACAGGGUUGCUGUUGCAAAUUCUGCCAAUUUCCUAAUCCCUUUAGAGAAUGUUGGGAAAAAUGUGGUUGAAGCAUCUUUAGAGAGAGUUCAACGCUUGAAUCCAAUGGUGGAAAUUUUAACUGACACAGAAAAUAUUACAGCCAAGAAUGAAGACUUCUUUGGCGGGUUUGAUGUUGUAUGUGCCACUCGACUGGCAGUAGAAGAGUCCAUCAGGAUUAAUGAUAUCUGCCGCAAACACAGCAUCCCAUUCUAUUCAGGCGAUGUGUUUGGAUUUGGUGGUUUCUUUUUUGUGGAUUUGCUUGAACAUGAGUAUUCCGAAGAAGUGACUGUUCCUGCUGCAACCUCUAAAGAUUGUUGCAAGCCAAAGAAAAGUGACCCAAGUGAAACGAAAACUGUCAAACAUGUUUUGAACUAUAUUCCAUUACAAACAGCAUUUGAAGCUGAUCCAUCGUCUCAACUCAACAAGAGAAGUUGGCAGCGCAUUAGAAGCCAUUUCAUUACGAUGAAAAGUUUGCUGAUGUUCCGGUCUCAAAUGAAACGCGACCCAGAAGUUGCAAACCGCCAGUCAGACAUUGCGAAACUGUGCGAAAUUCGGGAUCACAUUCUGCACGAAAUGAAACUAGACAAUCAAACGGUUGACAGUGGCAUAUUCGAAACGGUUUUUGGCGAACUUAGUCCGGCGGCUGCAGUGGUGGGUGGAGUCUUGGCUCAAGAAAUAAUCAAAGCAGUGUCCCAUAAGGACGCACCUAUCCGUAAUCACUUUUUCUUUAACGGUGCUACAGAUUUCAGUGGUGUUGUCGAAGCCAUUGGAUUUUAAAUGGGCUGUAACACAUUUUUUUUCCCUUUUAUACAUUUUUCAUUCAAAAUCAUUUAUCUUUAUGCUCGACGUCUAGAUAAACUUAGUAAACAAGAGGUUUAUCUCUCACGAAAUCCUAUACGAGACAUCCAUAAUCUCGUUCCGCCAACUAUUACACAAUGGUUCGACUGGGAAAAGGAAAUAAUCGGGUCACGAUUAAGCUUAGUA